UGUUCAUUAGCUAACUUACGUAGACUCAAGGAAAUGACUCAAAUGCAAUUCUACUGUUUGAUUCUGUCCGGAAAUAUUAGACGCUUGUGUAUUUAAAAUGUACAUAGAUAACGUAUGGGUUUAUUAAAAUAUCAAAAUAGUUGAAAAGCUAUAUCGGUAAAACGAGCAGUGUACAUUUCUGCAUUUACCGCUGUCUACCAGCUUACUCAGACGACUGUUUUUUCCAUCUGACCGUAGUCAGAGCGAGCCGCCAAUCAUUUUUCCAACAUGGCCAGCAGCAGCCCCGUACCUAGUGUUGAAAAUAUGGUUGCAGAAGCUCGACGAGCGUUCCAGGCAAACUUCGGGGGACAGGAUCCGGAGGUUGCCGUGUGUGCACCUGGGCGAGUGAAUUUAAUUGGAGAGCACACCGAUUAUAAUCAAGGAUUUGUACUGCCAAUGGCAUUGCCUCUUGUGACAGUUAUGGUGGGCAGUCGAACUCCUGACCAAAAUGUUUCCAUUGUAACUACAACUGAGACUGCGGAGGAGCCUAGGAGGGUGGACUUCGUUCUGCCGAAAGACAACCAGCCUUUGUCUCCUGGGCAACCAAGCUGGGCUAAUUACAUAAAAGGAGUUUUACAACACUACAGGGCACAGCCUCUGCCUGGAUUCAGAGCUGUAGUGGUGAGUAGUGUGCCACUGGGGGGUGGGUUGUCCAGUUCUGCCUCUUUGGAAGUGGCAGUUUAUACAUUCCUUCAGCAACUAUGCCCAGAUGAUGGGGACAAGGUGGCGAAGGCUCUGGCAUGCCAACAGGCCGAGCACACCCAUGCUGGAGUGCCUUGUGGCAUCAUGGAUCAGUUUGUGUCUGUCCUGGGCUCAGAGGGCCAUGCUUUGCUCAUCGAUUGCAGAUCUUUAGAGGCCACGUUAGUUCCUCUGGCAGACCCGAGCCUGGUCAUCCUGAUUACCAACUCCAAUGUACGGCACUCUCUGACAGGCAGCGAGUAUCCAAGUAGGCGGAGGCAGUGUGAAGAGGCAGCGGCCAUUUUGGGCAGGAGCAGCCUGAGGGAGGUCUCUUUGCAGGACUUGGAGGAUGCCAAGGGGCGCUUAGACAGCGUGACUUUCCGGCGAGCACGUCAUGUGAUUGAAGAGAUUAAGCGCACCACAGAAGCUGCAGAAGCACUGAAACGAGGGGCUUACCAAGAGUUUGGAAAACUCAUGGUGGAGAGUCACAACUCACUCAGGGACCAUUAUGAAGUGAGCUGCAGGGAGCUGGACCAGCUUGUUUCUGCAGCCAUGGCUGUGAAGGGGGUUUAUGGCAGCCGCAUGACCGGGGGAGGGUUUGGUGGGUGUACUGUUACCCUGUUGGAGGCGGACGCUGUAGACAGGACAAUGCAGCACAUCAAGGAGCAAUACCAUGGUUCCCCCACCUUCUACAUCACUAAACCUUCAGAUGGAGCACGAGUCUUAAACAUAUGAGAUACCUAUGCAGAUUCAUAUUUCAUAUGCUACAACCGAUGCAUUUACAUGGUAUGGUCCCUGCUUACAUGAAAAUGACAAUACAAUAAUGACAAUAAAUCAAGUGUAUACAAUUAUUUAUUAAUUAAAAAAUGAAUCAAAAGGG